GUUUUCUUUUCUCAAAUGAUUAAUUUUCUCUUUUCUAUUGAAUUUAAUUGUUAUUCUUUCUUUAAUUAUUCUAAUUAUGAAUAUUCUAAAAUGUAAACUGUAUCAAACAUCAUGUUCUUCAUCUCUUUUAUCAUCUUUAUUCAUCCAUUCACCUGAUCCAUGGGGAAAAUUGUUCCUUUGUAAUAAGAAACAAUUUACUUCCAUGUUACUGUUCAAUUCAUCUUCAUCUUCAUCUUUAUUGUCACCAACAUCAUCAUCUUCAUCAUCUCGUGCCAUUAGUCAAUUAACAGUUAGUUCAAUUAAAUCUGUGAUUAAAACUAAACCAGUAACAUUAUUUUCAGUUGAUCAAAAGUGUUUACCAUUCAAAGAAUCACUUUGUUGUUAUCAAUUUUAUUCAUCAUUUGGUUCAGAUAAACAUGAUUCUGAUUCUGAUUCUGAUGAUGAGAAAUUUAAUCUCUCACCUGAUGAUGGUUGUGAAUAUCCAAAUUUCGCUAAUCAAUAUAGACACAAAGCUGAAACAUUAAAGAAGGAUUUAUCUCGGAUUACAAAGGUGGAUAAGCUGUUUGAAUUGAUCUAUAAUAACAUAGAUUAUGUUGGUCGGAUUAACGCCGGUGUUUUCUUGUCAAGAUUAUCCCAUUUAAUUGAUCCAAGAGAAAAGUUCCAUCGAAAAUUAACCACCAAUGAGAUUGAUUUUCUAACCAAAUUAGUUGUAGUUAAUAUUAACGUUCUAACCGAUGCCAAUCUCCUCUCAUUAGUGUCCAUCAUUUUGAGCCAAAAAUUAUCCGAUUCUGAUAACUUAACCAUAACAACGUUACAAGAGAUACGCCGAAGACUAAAUGAAAUUGGUAUUCACCAUCUAAUCUGGAUUUGGAAGCAAAGUGGAUUUGCAAUUAAAUCCGCUAAUCAAUCCAGAGAAUGGACUAAAUUACGUGAAGAGAUAAUCAAUGUGGUCGAACGGCGUGUAGACGAUUUUAGUUACGAUUUUCAAAAUGUCACCGAAAUCUCCCAAUUGGCUCGGAUUCUUUUAUCAAAAUCUUCCUCCGUUCCAUAUCUUCAUCGAUUGAUCAAAAACAUGACCAUUUUCACCGAAUCAAUUGAUUAUGGACUAGCAUGGGCUCUAUUGAUCCAAUUACCUUCUUCAAUUAAGAAAUACCAACAAAUUGACUCGAAAGAUUUAAUCGCAAUUCAUGAUAAAUGUUACAAGAUAAUUCAGCAAAAAUUAUACGAGACAAAUUUCCAAAUGGACAAUUAUGUUAAAGAUUAUUUUUUCCAACGAAUCAUGGAAUCACCCAAUUCUGUUAGAUUGUCAUUCGAACCAUCAUUUUAUAAAACAUUGGUUAAACUGGUGAAAACUAAUCAAAAACAAUUAGGUUGUAAAGGAUUGAUUAAAAGCCUUACCUUUUUUGGAUUUAAUCAAUAUUAUCCAGUGGAAUUGUUUAAUCAUCUUUGUAAUUGGAUAAAAGAUCAUCCUGAUGAAUAUCUUACCGAUCCUGAUUACAGACCGACCAUUUUGAUGCAGUUAUUUGGUGAAUCGCGAUUCUUUGAAUCAAGGCCAAAAUUAUGGGAACAAUUAUCUAAAAUACUAUUAGAUCCUAUGAAGAUUUCAUCACUCGUUCAGGAGGAAAAAUUUCGUCUCUUGUCAUAUUUACUAAUUAUCGGUGAUUAUUCACAUUUGAAUAAAUUUUGUCCCGAAUUUGAUGAUCUAUGUGAAAAUAUGAAAUUACAUCGACACAUUUUAAAAGCCUUUCAUCAUAUUUACGCUGGACUAUCAAUUUCCGAGGUACCAAUAGCGAUCGAAGGACAAUUAAUCAAACAAUCAUUGGAAAAAUAUGUUCGAAAAUUUCGUCGAGCUUUUCAUUUUACCGAUCGGCAUCUCUUAGAUAAUGAUUUCGAUGAAAUAUUGACCUCUACCCUUGGGCAUAGGUCAAAUUUUACGAGAAAAGUUUGGACAAAGGUCAACGUAGUUCUAGAUUAUGUGAUCGCUUGGGAUAAACAGGGUAAACCAUAUAAAUUUGUUUCUCGAGGGAAACAUAAUAUUUCCCUGAUUGAUGAUCUAAUUCACGAUCUAGAAAAUUAUCAUGUAACUGUUUUAUUCCCUGUCGAUGAAUCUCAUUACUGUUAUGAUCCACCGAUCAUGAAAGGAAGAUUUAUCUUCAAAUUAAAAUUAAUCAAGCAACUUGGUUUCACUCCAAUCAUUAUUGAUCGACGUAAUUGGAAGGAUUUAACGGAAGAACAAAAAAAAUCACAAAUAAAUCGAGAAAUUGGAAAUGUCAAGACACUUUUGUCCGAAGAUUCAACAAUUAAAAGCUCAUUAAAUUGAUAAAUAAAAUUAAUUUAGAUUGUAACAGUUUGAUAAACAUUUCCUGAUAAUAACACAAUCAAUCAAGUAAAUCCAACUAUUUACUCGAUUGCAUUGGUUGAUUGUAAAUUAGUUCAUCUAUUUGUAGAUUUAAAUCAAUCAAAGUUGUAAUUAUAAAAUCAAAUUUUUUUAAAUGAAUAAUUAAUUAAAUGAUUGUCACCUUUAA